CAGUCAUUGUUUGUAAGCUGUAAAUGUUGCAAAUAAAAAUAGAGCUUUGCAGGCUGCACUUGUAGUGAUUCGUACGCCCCCUUUGAACAGUAAUGAAUAACAUUAAAUUAGAUCAGAAGAUUCACACCUUUGAAGGCUUUCAUGAAUUUGGUAGACAAUAGAAUGGGUGGGAGUCAUGGAAACUACCAUGAGCGUCAACAACUAGAUACGCCCACUUCCUUCAAAAUCCUCGUAAUUGGAGAGAGAGAAUGUGGAAAGAGUACAGUUAUUUGUCGCUAUUUAAUCAACCAGUUUGCCGAUACCCCACCUGCUGAUGAUCUACCACUGACGGAGUUAACUCCUCACACAGUCACCGUCUCCCCUCACGGUGCAGUGUGUGUGGUCUUCUGUGAGCUAGCAACCACCCCCCACAACUUGAUAAAAAGAGAGCAGUACCAAAACUGUAAUGCUGUUAUAGUGGUGGUGAAGAGCUUGGACGAAGACCUUCGUGCUACAAUGUUACUGUGGUAACAGAAGGUACAAGACGACCUGGGGGAAGGGGGUGUCCCUGUCCUGAUGUUAAUCAACCAUUUCAGUGACAUCCCAGAGACAGUAGGGGAAUAUUGGCACGGGACUGGACAGGAUGGGUGGUGCACUGUUCGACCAGCUAGUGGAGAGGGAAGUGUGUAUAUGGCUGUCAAUCAGCUACUGCGAAAACUGACAGAGAAAUGCUACCCUAAACCAUACCCUGUAUCUGAACAUUGAGUAAUUAAACAAAAGUCACUUCAACUGCCACUCAGUUCAUAGUUGGUUGCUGCAUCAUGUCACCACAUAGCAAACAAUAAUAUUAUUGUGUCAAUAAUUUUGUCAUGCAUCCAAUUAUAGCCACCUAUGUACACCAUCAUUAUAUACAAUACAAUCUACUGUUGAAUCAAAAUAAUUUUUGUAAGGUCAUUCGCAAUAUGAGAUGAA